UCUCCCUCCCCGCCGCUAGGGCCUGCCCGGGCGCCUCGGCAACGCCGGGCGGAACGCGCAGCUGCUCGCCUCCCGGCGGUCGCGGAUGAACGAUGGCGCUCGUCGCGCUGCGCUUGGUGCUGUUGCUCCUGGCCGGGGACUUCCCAGCGGCCUCUUCGGAAUCAGAGGACUUGCGGGCUGCUAAGCCCGGAAAUUAUAGAACAGCUGACUGUGAACAGUAUGUAUUCCCGGGAUGUCCCAGGGACUUCAGCCCUGUGUGUGGAAGUGACAUGAUCACAUACCCCAAUGAGUGCAUCCUGUGUGAGAAAAUCAGGGUAGAAGGCCGUGAUAUUAAAGUAAUCCGAAAUGAACCUUGCUAAUGGAACAUCUUCAGAAAAGAAGAUGGACAAACCACCUUAAAAUUAGCCUAUUAGAUGAAUUUUAGCUUUCCCAUUUUCCCUUUUCCUAUGUUUCUUUACCUGAGAUUUAUUUGUUAACCAACAUUUUCUGAUGGGAGGCGUGGAAGAGAGCCAUGUAUAUUAACUGCUGAAUCAAAAUAAACACCUUACUCACUG